UUCCAAAGAAGAAAAAUGAGAGAGAGAGAGAGAGAGAGAGGAGAAAAUGAAUGCAAAGCGUCAAAAAAGUGUUUCGUCCUUUAGCUUAGCAUUAUUCCAAGAGAAACAGUUUUCUUAUCUCUGGGUUUUUGUGGCCUCGCUCGUCUUCUGUUCUGUUCUUCUGACUUUUUCUCUUACUGUAUUUAUUUCUAAGGCCAAUCAACAUUCAUGCAACCCCAAAACUAAACUUAAAUUACAAUAUUCAAUUUCCACUGCAAACUGUGUAACUCUUCACCAAUGGAUCAACAAGGGUUACUGCGCCCUAAGAAACCCUUCAUUGCAGACGAUGAGAUCAUAGAGCUACUAUGGCAAAACGGUCAAGUUGUCACGCAGACUCAAAACCACCGCCAUAUCAACAAACCACCGCCGGUGACAAACUCUGACGACUCCACUCCCGGCGGAAGGGAGAAUCAACAUCUCUUCAUGCAAGAAGGAGAAAUGGCUUCGUGGCUUCAUUAUCCUAAUGAUGAUGAUGAUUCUCCUAUCGAUCCAUCUUUCUGCGCCGAUUUUACCAUGAUUACUCCACAACGGAGGUCCGAGCAGGUGCCUCCGAACUUCGCAUACUUUGUGAGGCACGGUGUUAGAGCUGAACCAGAACCGUUGUCUAGAAGGGAAUCAACAAUAGUAGAUUCGUGUGACACGCCGGCUGUGAUGCUAACGGCGGUAUCGGAGACGCUAAGAAGCUCAGCUGAGCCAACAGAAGGAGAAACUGGCUUGACGGCGCCUUCAACGACGUUUGACGAACCAGAUGGUUCGAGUAGCGAUGUAGAACCGGUUCGGGAGGUAGCGGAACGGGACCGGAAGCGGAAGGGAAGGGAGGAAGAGGAAUGGAAGUAUCAAAACGAGGAUAUUGAUUUUGAAUAUGUGGAAGCCAAAAAUAAAACCAGUGGAACAUCAACAAAGAGAUCUCGUGCUGCUGAGGUCCAUAGUCUCUCAGAGAGGAGGCGCCGUGAUCGGAUUAAUGAAAAGAUGAAAGCUCUGCAAGAACUUAUACCUCGAUCUAAUAAGUCUGACAAAGCGUCUAUGCUGGAUGAGGCAAUUGAGUACUUGAAGUCACUGCAGUUACAAGUUCAGAGAAUACAACAUAUGCAGAUGAUGUCCAUGGGAUGUGGCAUGGUACCAAUGAUGUUUCCUGGAAUCCAGCAGUGUAUGCCAUCAAUUGGAAUGGGAAUAAACAGGCCAGUAAUGCCGUUUCCCAAUAUGUUUUCUGGUUCUGUUUUGCCUGCAAAUUUUGGACCAAGGUUCACAAUACCUCCUUUCCACACGCCGCAUGUUCCUACACCUGAUUCAUUCACAAUGCCAGCAGCAAAUCUGGUAGAUAAUAACAUGCCCACAUCAGUUGGAACACAUGAUUCAAAUAAGUCAUGUAUCCCAAACGUCACUGAUCCUUAUCCACAAUAUCUUGGACCCCACCAGACGCAGUUUCAGUUAAUGCAGAAUCAGACAAUGAACCAACCAAAUGCCAGCAAGUUAGAAAGCCGCCAGUCAGGAGAUAAAUGAUAAUUUGAUAGUUACAAUCAAGAGCUUACGGAAAUGGUGCUGCUUAUUAUUGUAUAGCUGUUACCGCCACUAGCUAUCAAAAUGGUACUACUAGAAUUAUUGUAAAGUCAAUAUUUUACAGAACAUGGAUAACUAUGCAUAAUAAAAAAUGGAUUGCAUAUUGCAGUUAUAUUUUCUGCCACCCAUAUGCCAAGUUUUGUAGUGUAACAGAAGGACCUUUUUAUCAGUUCUCAGUUGCAAGCUAAUCUAUGCAUUACACCGCUAACAUGUAAAUUAUUGUAACAUAGUUUUCUCUGGUUUUUUGUCUUCCCUCAUUGACACUUUUUCUUUUUACAAAUUAAUUUGCCAAGUUUAAUACCACCGUAUAAUAAGGAUUCAAUAUAAAUUUGAAUCGAAGGUAAAUUGAUUCUGGUAUGGAAAAGGACUCAUAAACGUUAACAUUGUUGUGAUCUUUCUUUGGAAAAAACAAAGUUUCAAUGGAACUUUGCAAAACAAAAGUUUUCUUAUUAGUUAAGUUAAAAGUAAAAUAUCAAGUUUUACACAAUAAUAUCGAAGAAGUUUUGUUUUUCAAAUCCAACGGAUCUCAUGUGCAAGAAGUUACUUCACAUAUUAUUUAAAAAAAAAUCCCAAUCAGAAAUAGCAUUAGUGGAUAAAAUACAUGCAUUAACUGAAACUGCGUCUGGUGGGGUUCAAGGUAUUGUUGAUAAGGAUCAGUGAAGUAUAGGAUACCAGACUUAUUUGAAUUAUGUGUUCCAACUAAGGUGGGCAUAUUAUUAUCUACCUGAU